AUGCUGGAUGAGUUCUGCAAUUCUACUUUUUGGAAUUCUUCGUUCCUGGAUAGCCCGGAAGCAGACCUGCCACUUUGUUUUGAGCAAACUGUUCUGGUGUGGAUUCCCCUGGGCUUCCUCUGGCUGCUGGCUCCUUGGCAGUUCUUUCACGCAUAUAAGUCCAGGACCAACAAAUCUUCUAUAUCCAAAUUCUACCUUGCAAAGCAGGUGUUGGUUGGAUUUCUUCUUAUUCUAGCAGCCAUAGAUCUGGCCUUUGUACUCACAGAAGAUUCUGGACAAGCCACAACCCCUGCCAUUAGAUAUACCAAUCCAAGUCUCUACCUGGGCACCUGGCUCCUAGUUUUGCUGAUCCAACACAGCAGACAAUGGUGUGUGCGGAAGAACUCUUGGUACCUGUCCGUGUUCUGGAUUCUUUCAAUACUCUGUAGUACCUUCCAACUUCAAACUCUCAUCCGGACACUCCUACAGGGCAAUAAUGCUAACCUGACUUAUUCCUGCCUGUUCUUCAUCUCCUAUGGAUUCCAGAUCCUGAUCCUGAUCCUUUCAGCAUUUUCAGAAAAAAAUGCCUCAUCGAAUAAUCCAUCAACCACAGCUUCAUUUCUGAGUAAUAUUACCUUCAGUUGGUAUGACAGUAUCAUUCUGAAAGGGUACAAGGAACCUCUGACGACUGAAGAUGUCUGGGACGUCGAUGAUAGGAUUCAAGCCAAGAACCUCGUCAGUAAGUUUGAAACAUGCUCAGCGGGAGAGCUGCAGAAGGCCAGGCGGGCACUCCAGAGAUGGAGACAAAAGAACUCCCAGAGGAACCUAGAAGCCACGCUGCACGGCUUGAACAAGAACCAGAGUCAAAGCCAAGAUGUCCUUGUCCUGGAAGAAGCUAAAAAGGAAAAAACAAAGCCAAAGAGCACAAAAGACUUUCCCAAGUCCUGGUUGGUGAAGGCCCUCUUCAAGACUUUCUACACUGAACUCCUAAAAUCAUUCCUGUUGAAGCUAAUACAUGACCUCUUCGUAUUUCUGAAUCCUCAGCUGCUGAAAUUACUGAUCUCCUUUGCAAACGAUCGUGAGACAUAUGGAUGGACUGGAUAUAUCUAUUCAGUCCUCUUCUUUGUUGUGGCCCUCCUCCAGUCCAUAUGCCUUCAGUGGUAUUUUCAAUUCUGCUUCAUGAUAGGCAUGAAUGUACGGACAACCAUCAUGGCUUCUGUAUAUAAGAAGGCACUGACCCUGUCCAACUCUGCCAGGAGGCAGUACACUGUUGGAGAAACAGUAAACCUGAUGUCUGUGGAUGCCCAGAAGCUCAUGGAUGUGACCAACUUCAUCCACUUGGUGUGGUCAAGUGCCCUGCAAAUUGUUUUAUCCAUCUUCUUCCUGUGGAGAGAGUUGGGGCCCUCAGUCUUUGCAGGUGUUGGAUUGAUGAUUCUUCUAAUCCCAAUGAAUGGGGUACUGGCCACCAAGAAUAGGAAAAUUCAGGUAAAAAAUAUGAAGAAUAAAGACAAACGUUUGAAGAUUAUGAAUGAGAUUCUUAGUGGGAUCAAGAUCCUAAAAUAUUUUGCCUGGGAACCUUCUUUCAAAAGCCAAGUCAAUAAUCUUCGGAAGAAAGAGCUCAAGAACCUGCGGACCUUUGCCAAGAUGCAGUCUGUGAUCAUGUUCAUCUUAUACUUAACUCCAGUUCUGGUGUCUGUGGCCACAUUUUCAGUUUACGUCCUGGUGAGUAGCAACAAUAUUUUGGAUGCACAAAAGGCCUUCACCUCCAUCACACUCUUCAACAUCCUGCGCUUUCCCCUGAGCAUGUUCCCCAUGGUAAUCUCCUCCAUUAUCCAGGCCAGUGUUUCCACAGAACGACUAGAGAAGUACUUGGGAGGGGAUGACUUGGACACAUCUGCCAUUCGACAUGACCCCAAUUCUGACAAAGCUAUACAGUUCUCUGAGGCCUCCUUUACCUGGGACCAAGAGUUGGAAACCACAAUCCGAGAUGUCACUCUGGACAUUAUGCCAGGCCAUUUGGUGGCUGUAGUGGGCACUGUGGGCUCUGGAAAAUCCUCCUUGAUGUCAGCCAUCCUGGGAGAAAUGGAAAAUGUCCAUGGACACAUAACCAUCAAGGGCACCAUUGCCUAUGUCCCACAGCAGUCCUGGAUCCAGAAUGGCACCGUAAAGGACAACAUCCUUUUUGGAUCAGAGUUGGAUGAGAGGAAGUACCAGCAAGUACUAGAGGCGUGUGCCCUCCUUCCAGACUUGGAAAUACUUCCUGGAGGAGAUCUGGCUGAGAUUGGCGAGAAGGGUAUAAAUCUUAGUGGGGGUCAGAAGCAGAGGAUCAGCCUGGCCAGAGCCACCUAUCAAGAUUCAGACAUCUACAUUCUGGACGACCCUCUGUCAGCUGUGGAUGCUCAUGUAGGAAAACAUAUUUUCAAUAAGGUCCUGGGCCCCAAUGGCCUGUUGAAAGGCAAGACUCGACUCUUGGUUACACAUAGCAUUCACUUUCUCCCCCAAGUGGAUGAAAUUGUAGUUCUGGGAAAUGGCACCAUCUUGGAGAAGGGAUCCUACAGCAGUCUACUGGCCAAUAAAGGAGUAUUUGCUAAGAAUCUCAAGACAUACGUCAAACAGACAGGUCCUGAAGAGGAAGCCACAGACAAUGAUGGCGGUGAAGAAGAAGAUGAUGACUAUGGGCUGAUCCCCAGUGUGGAGGAAAUCCCUGAGGAUGCGGCCUCCUUGAUCAUGAAAAGAGAAAACAGCCUUCGUCGAACACUCAGCCGCAGUUCUAGGUCUAAUAACAGGCGUCAGAAGUCCCUGAGAAGCUCCUUGAAAAGUCGGAAUGCAAGGCCAAAGCUGAACACGGAGGAAGAACUAAUCAAAGGACAAAAACUGAUUAAGAAGGAAUACAUAGAAACUGGAAAGGUGAAGUUCUCCAUCUACCUGAAAUACCUACAAGCCGUUGGAUGGUGCUCGAUAUUCUUCAUCAUCUUUUCCUUUGUGAUGAAUUCUGUGGCUUUUAUUGGAUCCAACCUCUGGCUCAGUGCUUGGACCAAUGAUUCUAAAACCUUCAACAGCACUGACUAUCCACCUUCUCAGAGGGACAUGAGAGUCGGAGUCUAUGGAGCUCUGGGAUUAGCACAAUGUAUAUUUAUACUCAAAGCAAACCUCUGGUCUGUCUAUGGUAGCAUCCAUGCCUCAAACACCCUGCACAAGCAACUGCUGAACAAUAUCCUUCGAGCACCCAUGAGUUUUUUUGACACAACACCCAUAGGCCGGAUUGUGAACAGGUUUGCUGGUGAUAUUUCCACAGUAGAUGAAACCAUCCCUUCCACCUUGCGCAGCUGGAUUCUGUGCUUUCUAGGGAUAAUCAGCACCCUUGUCAUGAUCUGCGUAGCCACCCCAGUCUUCAUCGUCAUCAUCAUUCCUCUCUCCAUCAUCUAUGUGUCUGUUCAGACAUUUUAUGUGGCUACUUCCCGCCAGCUGAGACGUCUGGACUCUGUCACCAGGUCCCCAAUCUACUCUCACUUCAGUGAGACUGUAUCAGGUUUGCCUGUUAUUCGUGCCUUAGGGCACCAGCAGCGAUUUCUAAAACUCAGUGAGGUGAGGAUUGACACCAACCAGAAAUGUGUCUUUUCUUGGAUUAUCUCCAACAGGUGGCUUGCAGUUCGCCUGGAGUUUGUUGGAAACCUCAUCGUCUUCUUUUCUUCUCUGAUGAUGGUCAUUUACAGAGACACUCUGAGUGGGGACACUGUGGGCUUCGUUUUGUCCAAUGCACUUAAUAUAACACAAACCCUAAAUUGGUUAGUGAGGAUGACCUCAGAAAUGGAGACCAACAUUGUGGCUGUUGAGAGAAUAAACGAGUACAUAAAAGUGGAAAAUGAGGCACCCUGGGUGACCGAUCAAAGACCUCCAGCAGGAUGGCCCAGCAGAGGGGAGAUCCAGUUUAGCAACUACCAAGUGCGCUACCGGCCUGAGCUGGAUCUGGUAUUGAAAGGAAUCUCUUGUGACAUCCGGAGCAUGGAGAAGAUUGGUGUGGUGGGCAGGACAGGAGCCGGGAAAUCAUCCCUUACAAACUGCCUGUUCAGAAUCCUCGAGGCUGCAGGAGGCCAGAUCACCAUCGAUGGAGUAGAUAUUGCUUCCAUUGGGCUCCACGACCUUCGGGAGAAACUGACCAUCAUCCCCCAGGACCCCAUCGUGUUCUCCGGAAGCCUGCGGAUGAAUUUAGACCCUUUCAACAACUACUCAGACGAGGAGAUUUGGAAAGCCCUGGAGCUGGCUCACCUAAAAUCCUUUGUAGCAGGUCUGCAACUCGGGUUGUCCCAUGAAGUGACGGAGGCUGGUGACAACCUUAGCAUUGGGCAGAGGCAGCUACUGUGCCUGGCCAGGGCUCUGCUUCGGAAAUCCAAGAUUCUGAUCAUGGAUGAGGCCACUGCUGCGGUGGAUCUAGAGACAGACCACCUCAUUCAGAUGACCAUCCGGAAGGAGUUCUCCCACUGCACGGUUCUCACCAUUGCCCACAGGCUGCACACCAUCAUGGACAGUGACAAGUGA